UGAACACAAAUGAGCCGAGUCCGAGGGGGGACGACCGCGCCGGGGGUCCCAGGCACCGCCACCUUUGGGCACUUUCCUUUUGUUUGGGCUGAGGAAGAUGAAAGCAGCCGCGACCACAAACCCUUGGGACCAAGAACUGGAACUAGAUAAUGAGUUACAAGGCACUAACAGUUCUGGAUCGUUGGGUGGUCUUGAUGUGCGCAGACGAAUUCCUAUAAAGCUCAUCUCCAAGCAGGCGGCGAACAAAGCCAAAACUGCACCUCGAACUCCGAGGACUGUAAGCAGGAUGCCUGCAAAGACGCCGACUGGUGAUGAAGGAUUUGAUUAUAAUGAAGAAGAACGGUAUGACUGUAAAGGGGGAGAGCACUUUGGAAACCAGCGAAGAUUUCCUGGUCACCUAUUUUGGGACUUUCAGAUAAACAUCUUGGGUGUAAAGGAUGAUACACCAGUUCAUUUCUGUGACAAAUGUGGGUUACCUAUUAAAAUCUAUGGGCGAAUGAUUCCAUGCAAACAUGUGUUUUGCUAUGACUGUGCUAUUUUACAUGAAAAAAAGGGAGAUAAAAUGUGUCCGGGUUGUAGUGAUCCUGUGCAGCGAAUUGAGCAGUGUACACGAGGUUCUCUCUUCAUGUGUAGCAUUGUUCAAGGGUGCAAGAGAACGUACUUGUCUCAGAGAGACUUGCAGGCACAUAUCAACCAUCGCCACAUGAGAGCGGGCAAACCUGUUACUCGUGCUUCCCUUGAAAACGUCCAUCCUCCUAUUGCCCCGCCUCCAGCUGACAUUCCUGACCGCUUUAUCAUGCCUCCAGAGAAGCAUCAUAUGAGCCAUAUUCCACCAAAGCAGCACAUCAUGAUGCCGCCGCCUCCUUUGCAGCACGUGCCACACGAGCACUAUAACCAGCCGCACGAGGAUCUCCGCCCUCCUCCAGCAGAAUUGUCCAUGGCUCCUCCUCCACCUCGGUCGGUCAGUCAGGAAACCUUUCGUAUCUCAACAAGAAAACACAGCAAUUUGAUAACUGUCCCUAUUCAGGAUGACUCAAAUUCAGGUGCUAGAGAACCACCACCUCCUGCCCCAGCACCUGCUCACCAUCAUCCUGAAUAUCAGGGUCAACCAGUGGUAUCGCACCCUCAUCAUAUUAUGCCUCCACAGCAACAUUAUGCACCACCCCCACCUCCUCCACCACCGAUAAGCCAUCCAAUACCCCACCCUCCCCAGGCUGCAGGUACUCCUCACUUGGUUUAUAGCCAAGCUCCACCUCCACCAAUGACCUCUGCUCCGCCACCAAUAACCCCUCCCCCUGGACAUAUUAUUGCCCAGAUGCCACCUUAUAUGAAUCAUCCUCCUCCAGGACCUCCCCCACCUCAGCAUGGUGGCCCACCUGUCAGUGCACCCCCUCCUCACCAUUACAAUCCUAACUCUCUACCCCAGUUCACUGAAGAUCAAGGAACUCUGAGCCCUCCAUUUACACAGCCAGGGGGAAUGAGCCCUGGUAUCUGGCCUGCACCAAGAGGGCCGCCGCCGCCUCCACGAAUGCAGGGUCCGCCUUCUCAAACCCCACUUCCUGGACCACAUCAUCCAGACCAGACGAGAUACAGACCUUACUACCAGUGAUGAUAGUAUUGUGAACUGAAGAGGAGGUGAUGAGGGGAAACCAACUUAUAUAUAGUCAUCCUUUAAUUAAGCUUUGACUGUUUGGGGAAGAAAAGCCCCUCUUACAGAGGGGGCUAUAAAAUACUUUAGGGUCUUGUUCUCUAGAUGGUGUUAAACCUUGACCUGGGGCCUGAUUUCAAAGUACAAUACUGUAGUGCAGAUAAAUGGCUCAGUUGAACACAGCUAUGUUUUAACAACUUUUUUCUCUUAGUGUGUAAAUUGACCCAGAGGUGACCAGUUGUAAUAUUAUUUCCUGGGGGGGGAAAACUUUUUUUUUCAUUGUUCCACUUUCAGAAGUAUUGCUUUUGUUAAACCCAAUCUUUAGUUUUUCUUGUGAUACAUUUUGUUAACCUGUGUAAACGGAUUAAAUUUCAAUAUGGUUGUAAAAAUGCUAUUUUUUAUGUGAAUUUAAGUGCAGCCACAUACUGUUUUUUUUAAAGCCUUACGUUUUACCACUAAUUUCUCAAAGUACAACAAAAUUAUAGAAGGCAGGCAGUCCAAUGGUGGAAAAUGAUUUCACAUUGUAGGCACUGGGACAAUGAGGUACAGGAAGGAUACGAUACGCCUUGCUUGGAAGCCUUUUUAUGUUUAGGCAGCCUCAGGAACACCAGAGUACCUACGGCUUCUAGAGCCAAGCUGCAUUUUUGUUUGUGACAUUAAAGAUCAUUAUUGAAUAUUUGGAAGAAUACAGACAAAGUACCUGAUUCUAUAAGCUCCAAGUUGGUAGGGGAUGCUACUCAUUCAGGUUUGCCCCUGAAUGGUUGGACUGGCAUGAUUCAUCACAAGUAACCUGUGAACUGUUUAAGUGGUCUCUGGGUGCGGUGUGUCUUGCUCUGCGCAUUGUUAGAACCUACACCGGACUGAAGAGGCUUGAUACAGUUCCUCUCUUCAUGGUAGAAUUUGAUCCUGUGUUCAAGCGGCUUGUUUAUUGAGUUUCAACUAAAAUUAAAAUAUCACAGAGGAAUUGGUAUAUUAAUGAAAGACAUUCUCUUAAUCACAAACUUGCAUUUGCUCAGGUUUCAUUACUGUAUGAUACGUGAUUUUUCCUUUAACUUGAAAACUUAAAUUAUGAUUUCCUGAAGCUUGGUUGGAGCAGUCUAAACUUGGAAUGUUUUAGAAUGACGCUGCCGGUGAAGACUACCAAGUGAUUUUGUAUUGGAGAAAAGUUCUUACUAAAUUGUGAAUUUCAGUGCUUUAUACGGUGCCUUUAGAGUCAGCUUUUGCAUUAUAGGGACUGUUUAAUAGUCCAGCUAAGGUAACCACUUAACGGUUUAUACAGAACUCAUGUAUAAAUUGAUACUCUUGGGAUAUUGUUAUAUAUCCUUUGACUAAACCCCUGUGAAGGAUUUUUUUCCCCUCCUAAAAUGGUGCAUAACAUAAACACGAAAUGUAUAGGAUGCAGCUUUCAUUUAUAAGAUAGUUUGUAGUGUGUACAUUGAGAGUAUUUUUUUGGCCAAGGAUCACCUGAUUGCUAAUUUAGCAUUUUCCAGUGUCAGGGACAGGCAAAGCAAAUCCCCAUCUUGAGUCAUUAGAUGCAAAGGCAUCUAUCUCUGAGCUUAGAGCUGAUGUUAGAAAUAAUAGCAAUGGUCAUUUCAACCUUUGACCAUCCCAACAUGACCAAUUCACUUUUUUAAAAAGUGGUUUUUCCUACCUAGCAACUCAAGAGUCCAAUGUUAAUGCAAUAUUUCUAGUGAGUUCCAGUUAUUAGAAGCAUGGGAAUGAGACAGUGUGAAAUGGUGGUAGGGAAUGCCACUGUCAUGUUACUGUAGGUACUUGGACUGGUGCAAACGCGAUUUGCUUUCAUGCCCCUGUUUAGGAGCUGUUAAAACAGUACUGCUGGAAAUCCAAUUCCAGGCUUUGUGUCAUGAAAUAAGGAACUAGCCAAAUUCACACACGAGACCCUCAACGAUGAAGAGCUCUCUUGUGGUUUUGAAAUUCACUAGGGCUACAAGUGGUGUGGAGCCCCUUAGCACUCUUAUGUAUUAGACAGGAAACCCAGUAUCAUGAUAAAAGCCCACAUUGCAAGAGACAGGCUUUAAAAAAAGACAAUUUGUUUCCCGUUAGGUUUGAGAAAUCUUUGUUAUGCAGGGAUACAUAUCAGAUGAAUGUUAAUAGCAGACAAAAGUUUAAAAUGGUAUUAGACUUGAAUUGAUGAGUUUGUUUGAAUGAGGGUGGGUGGGUAGAGGAUACUAAAAUUACUGUUAGUGUUUCUGAGGAAAAAGAUGUGAAUUCCAACCUUAUUUCAGGGAAGCCUUUGAAGCUAUGAUGGACAUAAGUCUAAAUUCAAUGUAUGUAUGUUUCAUUAUAUUGCUCUUAAGACUACUGAGGUGGCAGUUUAAUUCUUAAAAACAAUAAAAUGGAAGCAUAAAUACUA